UGGAGGCGGGCACUUUAGGGCGAGGGAGAAGUUAUAGGCUUCCUGAACCGCCCGCAAACCCUAGAGGCAGUGGAGACUGUCCUAGAGCAGGAGGCGCGUGGUGAUCGUCCUGUGCGUGCCGCUAUGUCCGGGGUGUCUGAAACCAGGAGCCUGGGGAGGGGAAGCGCGUCCCCGGGCCCGGUCCCGGAGGGCCAGAUCCGCGUCUACAGUAUGAGGUUCUGCCCGUUUGCUCUGAGGACGCUGCUGGUCCUGAAGGCCAAGGGAAUCCGUCACGAAGUCAUCAACAUCAACCUGAAAAAUAAGCCUGAGUGGUUCUUUGAGAAGAAUCCACUUGGGCUGGUACCAGUCCUGGAGAAUAGUCAGGGCCACUUGGUCUGUGAAUCUGUCAUCACUUGUGAAUAUCUGGAUGAAGUCUAUCCGGAGAAGAAGUUGCUGCCGAGUGACCCUUACGAGAAAGCUUGUCAAAAGAUGAUCUUUGAGCUAUUUUCUAAGGUGCCAACUUUGAUGGCAAGACUCUUUGGAGUGCAAAAUAAAGAAGAACGUUCUGGCAUAAAAGAGGAACUGCAGAAAGAAUUCAGCAAGCUAGAGGAGGUUCUGACUAAGAAGAAGACCACCUUUUUUGGUGGGAACACUCUCUCUAUGAUUGAUUACCUCAUGUGGCCCUGGUUUCAACGGCUAGAAUUACUGGAGCUAACUGAGUACAUAACCCAUACUCCCAAACUCAAGCUCUGGGUGGCAGCAAUGCAGAAGGAUCCCGCAGUAUCGGCCCUCCUGCUUGAUGCCAAGGCCUUUCAUGGUUUCGUGGGUCUCUACCUACAAGAUAGUCCUGAGGCCUGCGACUAUGGGCUUUGAAAAGCAGGAGUCCACAGCAAAUGUCUGAUGUUUUCCUUAACUGAUACAAAUAAAAUGCUUUUAUUUUACCAAGUA